AUCAGCCCCCGGCCCCGGGUCAGGCCUCUGCCCCCCUCCCCAGCAUGGAAGAAUGCGAGGCCUUGUGCACACGGCUGGCCAUCAUGGUGCGCGGCCAGUUCAAGUGCCUGGGCAGCCCACAGCACCUCAAGAGCAAGUUUGGCAGCGGCUACUCCCUGCGGGCCAAGGUCCGGAGCGAAGGGCGGCAGGAGGCACUGGAGGAGUUCAAGGCGUUCGUGAACCUGACCUUCCCAGGCAGCGUCCUGGAGGAUGAGCACCAAGGGAUGGUCCAUUACCACCUGCCCGGGGGUGACCUCAGCUGGGCCAAGGUGAGCAUGGGCGCUGCCAGUCUAGCUGGGGCCUCUAGGCUCCUUCCAAAGAGGAGG